CAUACAUCCGAGAUAUCGAGGAAGUUGUACGUUUAUAAGAAUCUAUGGUCAGAAUGUUUAAAUAUGUUCGAGAUAUCGAGAGAGUUUAGGAGAAUUGGUGAGAUUUGUUACACGUAUUUUGAUCUACUUGGUUAUUGUGUUGUACUGAACAUCAAGCAAACAAAAUGCCAACGAAGAAGAAAAAGUACAACGCACGGUUUCCUGCGGGUCGUAUUAAGAAGAUCAUGCAGACAGAUGAAGAAGUGGGAAAAGUGGCGCAAGCCGUACCUGUCAUAAUCUCCAGAACAUUGGAGCUCUUUGUAGAAUCUCUGCUCAAAAAGGCAAUGGAAAUUACGAGUGCUAAAAAUGCAAAGACUUUGAGUCCAUCUCACAUGAAACAGUGUAUUCUGUCAGAAAGUCGUUUUGAUUUUCUGAAAGAUCUAGUAAAAAAUUUACCUGAUGUUGCCAGCUGUGAUGGUGAAGAGGGAAAUUCACCAUUUCUUCCAAGCCCACCCUGUGGAAACACUGCAGGUUACAUUGAUUUAAGUGUGGGCACCCGAAGACUACCUGAAACAGAUGUAAAGAAAGAGAUGGGACAGGAGUCUGUAACACCAACACCAAUUAUGUCUCAUCCGUUGCCUGUUCAGACUGUCCCAGCUGUUGUAACGAAUCAGCUGCAUGCUAAUUUCUACAAAGAAACUGAUGACUCUAGUCCAAGUUAUGGUCAGGUUCCAGUCACAUCUGAAGGUACAAUUGGAAGGGGUUCUAUCUUCCAUGUUACGCCAGCUGACUCACCUCAACCAGCUGCUGUUGUCAUGCCAGUAGUAGAAGCAAUCAAGCCUGAAAGAGUUGAAUCAAACUUGCUGUGUAGCACUGCAACAGGUAUCACUUCUGUGAUUGAUACUGUCAGCAGUGGUGAGACUGCUAUUGGUGCUUUCAAUGCCCAGACACCUCUUGUUAUACCACAGUAUGUUAAAACUGAGGUCAGCAUUGCAUUAGAUGAUGACUGUGAUACAACUUAAUAGUUGUGGUGGUGAGUUAAAGAUAACAAAUUACUGAAGAGACCAACUUCUAAUUUUGCAGUAAUGUAUGUUCUUUGACAAAUGUGGUUUUAAACCAUAAAUUGCUACAUUACAGUAGGAAUACAAUCAGGCACUUUGUGUAUGUGGAACGUCAUUGAAAGCGUACACACUAUUGUUGAAGGUACUGAUCAGUGUAGGAAGAACAGUGUUCGAUAUUUGCAUAGGUCACCUGUACAAAAAGGGUGAUCAGUAGGUUCUUCUUUCAGAUGGUGUGUUGCGGGAACAGUGCAUAAUGACAGUGAAACAUUUACUUUUAUGUUUUUUUGUAUGUAGUUACUUGCAGCUUUUUGAAGUUUUCAAAAAAAAAAACUUGUAAUAAAAAGGCAAAAGUUUCAGCUCUAGUACUGAAAUCUUUGGCACUGCUCAUUUAAUUUUAAUUGUGUGUGUUUGAUAAUUUUGUUGUUAAUAUUUGUCUUAAAAAUUUUGUGCCUUUUGUAUGGCUUUAUUUGUAAUAUUUUUAUGUAUGUGCUCCUUGUGAAAAAUGUGGAAUAAACUUAAAACAUGUUCUGUUCGUAUUUCUGUUUUGUAAAGUUCACCGGAAUGGCUUUUCGUAUUGUUUCUUAUAUUGCAUAGUAUUUGUUUCUAGUACAGUUCAAAUUACCAAAAAAAAUAUACAUGGAAAUAUUGCAAAAGCAUAUUUCACAUGUGUGUUUCAUUUAGGCUUCAUCUGUAAGGAUUUACAUAUGAAUAUGUAUGUAGAACAAUCUUUGCACAUUACUACAAUGCAAUAUUCUGUAAGCUGCAUAAACUAUUAAAAUUUAUACUGUCUUUUGUAUUCAUAUUUGAAUUUGCUUUGACAUUAUGUGUCAUUAAUGGCAGUGAUGGUCCUUUUUAGUAUAAGGCUGCUGUUAAUGAAAUAUUGAGAAAGUCCCAUGAUUGUAUUUCUUUUAGCUAGUAUUGAAGACAAAUAAGCAACAAAUGUUGUGCAUUCUGCACUACCAUUUUGCUUUAUAAGAGUGUGCCCAUUUCAGUUCAGAACUGAAAUAGGUCAAACCAAGUAAUUACAUGUAACUUGCAGAGACUGUAGAAAGCAGAACAUGUUGUUGAAAUAGUGCAUUGCAGAAUACUCAUGUAGACUUGUAAUGUUUUGAAUAUCCUUUGUGUCAAAUACUUUCAGUCAUAAACAUUAACAGUAUACAAAAAUACUUUGGCUGUGUUUACCAUCUUUGUUGUAUAAUUUGGAACUGUACAGUCCUUAAUGUCUUUUCACGUUUUAGUAAAACAA